GAAAUGUUCGAACCCAAGAUCAUGAAAGAUCAUCAAACAGUGUUCUCCAGGAGCAAUCUAGAACCGAAUGAUAAAAAACACCUGUCUGGAAAGAUCUUGAUCUAGAUAUCUGCGUCGACAACUAGAAACGUGCCAUUGCUAAAAAGUCAAAUCAAAAUUGGAAUCGCUAGCAUCAUGCCACAAUCUUCGUGGGAAGUACAAGUAGGGAGCACAACACGCUCUUCUCGAAGAUGUCGAUCAAAUUGGAUUUUGCUGUGCAGGAGGAACAAGACCAUUUCUUGCUAUUUGAAAGAACUUCAGUUCUUCUACCUUCAGGCCCCAGAGGAAUGAUAAAUCAAAGUUGUUUCCACCCAAUUUGUACGUAAUACGAGCGACCACACUGAAUAAACCCGAUGAAUCACUAAAAGGAAUAAAAGUAAAACAAUAACACGACCCGCAGAAGUUUUUCCCUUUCAAUUGUCCCGAAACUCCUCUCAACAUCGACGGCGGGCCAGCAUUAUUUUUCACAAAAAAAAUAUCUUCCCGAAUAACAAUAAAACGCCAACUGGAACAAGCGAAUUAUUUCCUUGUUUAUUCUGAUGUCCUAGUCCUUCUGAUAGAACACGCGUAGAAGAAGGAACCACCCCAGUAAAAUGUCGGACCAGCGUUCCAGCGCGGAUCUUGCCGCCGCCGGCAAGCGCAAGGCGGCGCAGAUGUCGGCCAACGCGAACAAAUUUUUCGACAAUGCGAAUCCGGAGCUGCAGAAGACCGAAAUUUCCCAGGCGUGGGAUCAGAAGGAGGAGAUCAAAGAGGGCGUAACGAAGGACGUGUUCGGCCGGAGAGCGUGGGACCAGGCGACGUACGAUAAAAUUGCGAAGGAGAAGGAGGAGCUGGGGUCCGACGGGGAGGUUGACGACCUCGCGAUACCCGUGCCAGCGUCCCAGCGUCUCCACCUACAGAGAAGAAACGCGAAGCUCGCACUGGAGCGGAACAUCGGAAAAACGAUUGUGCAAACCGACGCGACGCACAAGGCCAACCAGGCGGGGUACUACUGCCACCUGUGUAAGGUGCACGUGAAGGACUCCCAGUCGUGGCUGGACCACAUCAACGGGAUUAGGCACCAGAAAAUGAUGGGUAUGAAGAUGGCGGCCAGGCCAGCGACGCUGGAGGAGGUGUUGGAGAGGAUACAGGAAUUGCGGGUGCGGAAACUCCAGCAGAAGAAGGCGAAAAACCCCGCGGCGUUUGGGUUGCUGUCGAAUCCCGAUGGUACGCCGAACCUGAUCUGCGACGAGGUGGACAACAUACCGUUGACCGCGGACGACAUUCUUGCCAAGAUGGAAAAGCUGGAAAACGAAGCGGAGAAAAACAUUGCGGAUCGGAAGGAGAAGCGAAGGCGGAAAAUGGAGAAAAAAAAAGAACUCGAGGAACUGGAGAAAAUGGAAAAAGAAUUCGAGGAGGAAGAGGACGAGGAAAUGGCCAUGAUGAAAGCCAUGGGGCUGCCAACCGGGUUUGGAUAGAAGAAGGGGACGAAGAAGAUGAACAGGCAGCGAAUUGAUUUGAAUUCUUUGUUUCACUUUCAUCUUGUCUGUAACUAUAUCACGAACCUCGACCACAUGUUGUCUCUUGAAACGAACUACUGUUGACCACUGUUGUGAAGAAGUAGUCCUGCUGCGACGACCCCAUAAUAUCUUC